AUGUAUCUUGCCGACGUGAUAGAACGUAACCAGCGCGGUGGUGGUCUUUGUUCCUAUUUUAACUCAAACCUUAAUUUUACUGAAUUAACUGACCUAGGCGAUCCAGAAAUUGAGAGUCAAUGGUUUUUAAUCAAAAUGGAUCGAUUACCACGAGGAAUAAACUCCAUUAUCCUGGGAACAGUUUAUCACCCCCCCCAAAGCGAUGACCACGCGCUUCGAACGCAUAUCUUCAAAUGUUUAGAUUCCUCACUGGCCAACUAUCCUAAUUCCGCUGUCUUGGUUCUCGGAGAUUUUAACCAAUUUAAGCCAGGAAAUCUGUGCAAUUCCUUUAGAUUGAAAACUCUGGUCACUAAGCCUACCAGGGGAAGUAAUGUCCUUGAUCAAGCAUUCUCAACUCUAUCGGCUUACUACGAUGCUACCAUCCUGCCACCUAUUGGCCAAUCUGAUCAUUCCAGUAUAUUACUUCAACCCACUUCACCACAUGCUCCAAGCUUACCCACCACACGACUCCUAAUGCGUGAUUAUCGUGUUUCCAACAAACGAAAUUUGAUAUCCUGCCUGGACUCGGUCAAUUGGACACCGCUCAUUAGGCGAAAUUCAUGUGACGAUCAACUGGAUUUGUUCCAGUCCGUGGUUCAUGGUGCUUUGAAUUCAUGUAUUCCCAUGCGUACUGUUAAACUCCAUCCCAAUGAUAAACCAUGGAUUACUCCUGCUAUUGAAGAAUCCAUUAACAAACGUCAACAAGCUUGGUUGAAUAAUGACCUUCCCAAAUUUAAUGUUUAUCGCAAUAAAGUGAUAAAACUCUGUAAAAGUGCACGUCGAAAAUUCUAUUAUGACAAAAUCAAUCACAUGCACGAGAGCAAUCCAAAAAAGUGGUGGGACGGUAUUAAACCGUUGUCAGGAAUGUCCAACCCCCCUCCGUUUAAUAGUCUAGCCAUAAACGGCACCGUCUUGAGAGACUUUGAACUUGCCACCGUCAUUAAUGAAUCCUUCUGCAGUGCUGCUGCUGAUAUACCGCAUUUAAAUUUCACUCCAGUACCCGUUUCCAAUGUUCCUGAUAGAUACGUCAUUACGCGUGAUGCUGUUGAACUUGCAUUGGCAGGUGUUAACGAUCGUAAGUCUGUAGGACCUGAUGAGAUCCCCAAUUGGAUCCUGAAAACAUGUGCCGCAAAUAUUAGCUACCCUGUAUGCUCCAUGUUUAACUCUUCCAUUAGAGAAGGUCGUGUACCUGAUCUGUGGAAAUGCGCGGAUGUUCUCCCUUUAAGCAAGAUCCCUACACCGAAAUCUAUUGAUACGGACCUUAGACCUAUAUCCCUCAUGGCAGUACUGAGCAAGAUCCUUGAGUCUUUCGUGUUCAAUUGGCUUGCACCCAUUGUUAUGCCAUUCAUUGAUCCCCUCCAGUUUGGCUGUGUGAAAAAGUCCUCAACGACUCACGCCCUCGUGCACCUAAUCCACCAUUGGCUUUCGGCCCUGGAAACACCUAAUACCAUUAUUCGAUCCUGCUUUAUUGAUUUUUCCAAAGCGUUUGAUCGAAUUGACCAUAACAUUCUAAUGCGCAAAUUACAACUCCUCAACGUUCCACCCGUGUUAUUAAAUGGUGUUCAAGUUUCCUUCAAGGCAGACAACAGCGCGUUAAAUUAA